AUGGACGAUGGACUCGUGCUCAACCUUGCCCUCGACGACCAGAUAGUAGCGCCAAAGACGUCUCAUGCGGCGAAGAAGGGAGGGAGAUGGACCGAUCGGUUAAAAGCCAAACGGGUCACAAAGCGGAAGACAAGAUCCGACGAACAUACUUCUGAUCGUUUAGACACGAACCGGAAUGAGCAACGCCCAGCAAAACGUUUCCGUAAAGAGCAGGUUUCAUCUCCAGCUGCCCCGGUUGAGGAGCGCACUACCUCUAGCAACCGUCCCCCAACUCAGAUCAUCUCAUCUCUCUUCACUUCCAAUCCCAAGAUAGAGGAUCUGGCCGAGACAGCACCGAGGAGUAUUUCUCAUCCUAGCAAUGCGCCCCUUGCGGAUUCUUCGACCUUUGCUGGGUUAGGACUUGAUCCCCUAGUUGUUACACAUCUCACUAUGAAGAUGGGUAUAUCCCAGCCAACAUCAAUCCAGAGAACGGCACUUCCUAUACUCAUUUCCGCACCCUCCCAAGAUCACUCGUUAAGGGAUGUUUUCAUUCAAUCGCAAACAGGUUCGGGGAAAACACUAUCCUUUUUACUUCCAAUCAUUCAAGACCUCCUGCCGCUCAGCUCCCUAUCUUUCAUCGAUCGUUCCAUCGGAACUCUGGCCAUAAUAAUUGCACCUACGCGAGAAUUGGCAAAACAGAUAUCUGACGUCCUAGAUACGCUACUCAAACUGCGCCUUCGUCCACAAGACGAAUCGGCCCAGCAAUCAGACGCCGCACCACGUCUGACGCGCUGGCUUGUUUCUGGUCUUCUGACGGGUGGUUCCACGCGGACGCACGAAAAGGCACGCCUCCGCAAGGGCGUCCCCAUUCUGGUGUCCACGCCGGGCCGUCUGCUUGAUCACCUGCAAAAUACAGAGUCAUUCAAUGUUGGAAAGUGCCGUUGGCUCGUGCUCGAUGAAGCGGACCGUUUGAUGGACCUUGGGUUUGAGGAGAGCAUCCAAGGGAUUUUGAAAGGUCUGGAUGGGAGACGCAAGUUAGCAAUGCAGGCGGUUGAGGAGGGAAAUAGCAUGGAGGUAGGUGGCUGGGAUUGGGAGAGGAAGCGACGCACUGUGCUUUGUUCGGCGACCAUUAGAGAGGACGUCCAGAAACUGGCGGGCACGACGUUAAAGGACCCCGUGGUAAUCAAAGCGACCGAUAAUGCCCUCUUCACGCCGGAUAGCAAUGGCGAGGACAAAGUCGGCGGUACAGUGGACUCUGCGCCGAGCAAUCAGAGUUUCACCCCUCCAUCGCAAUUGUCCCAAAAAUACGUUAUUGUUCCGCUCAAACUUCGUCUAGUCACGCUCGUCGCCUUGCUUCGGUCCCUUCUAGCGCAAUCACAGACUAAAAGAGGUACCAAAAUCAUUGUGUUCCUCAGCUGUACUGACUCCGUGGACUUCCACUGGCACCUUCUUGGAGGAACCUCCAUGGACGACGAUCAGGACCUGUCACCUUCUGACAUUGAAGGAAAGUCCGAAGAUGGUAUCGAAAAUGAGGGGUCUUUUCCACGCAGAACAGAUGACCCCGACUUACCGGGAAAUGUAGAAGUUAAAUCCGCGCUGUUGCCAGAAGCAUCUAUAUUUCGACUACACGGUUCGCUACCUUUGCAAACACGAUUGGCAUCACUGCGUGGAUUUUCUGCUACACCGUCUGUAAGGUCACAAGACAAUCCUUCGUCGUCGGUUCUUCUGUGUACAUCGGUUGCAUCGCGUGGUCUAGAUCUUCCUCUUGUUCGUGCGGUUGUGCAAUACGAUCUUCCCACCGAGGGAGGUGCCACGGAAUACAUCCAUCGUGUCGGGCGUACAGCACGUGUUGGAAAGGGCGGUGAGGCAUGGAGUAUUGUGGCACCGAGCGAGGCAGAUUGGGUGAAAUGGGUUGAAGAAAAGAUCCAAGGUUCCUCCGGCCACGAUGACAGGGGUGAGAAGCGGAAGAAUAUUGCAUUGGAAGGAGUAUCGAUGGAGAAUGUACUGAGAAGAGGCCUUGGGGGGAAAGGGAGCGAGUAUGAGCAACGUGCGACUGAGGUUCAGUUAUCCUUUGAGCGCUGGGUCUUGAGAAGUCAGGAGAACGCUGGGGCUGCACGAAAAGCCUACUUGUCCCAUAUGAGGGCAUACGCCACACAUCCUUCCGAUGAGAAACACAUAUUCCAUAUACGCCAUCUUCAUCUUGGGCAUCUCGCUAAAGCGUUCGCCCUCCGUGAGGCGCCGAGCGCCGUCAAUAGUUCAGGGAAUAAGUCUCAAGCGAAACGAAAAGGGCGCUCCAAACCCGCAUUUUUGGCCAAGUCGAAACAACACGAUGGUAAGGGUGGACAGCUGGACGACGACGUGAAUGUCCUAGCCGCGGAAAGACGAAUGGAGCAGGUCGUGCGAGCACAAGGACGACUGACCAAGAAAGGCGGCAAAAUGGUUAGGACUGGUGUUUCUGAGUUCCAGAUCGCUGACACGUCUGCUCUGGAGAAGAUAUCCCAGAAUUCUAGGACAUUGGAGUGA